CCCACUGCGCGCCGGUGCGCAAUUAGCGUGGACAAACACUAACGAGUGAAACUACGUAGUUCCUUUGGAAACGGUUCUUUUAAGGGCACACAAAAACCCCCAGUAAAGCAAACGCACUGCUUCGUCCGGGGAAACGAACGACGGCGUCAGCUGUGCGACAUGCGGUGAAGGUCUGAACCGGAGAGUCGCCAAAAAUUCAGUCAAGCUAUUAAACAGACCUUAAACAGAAAUCGCAGAACCCUGUUUCACUUCACUGAAGUGGGCUUUUAGUUAGCGCUGACUUCACUCAGUAUCCUCACGCCCGUGGAAGCGUCUUCAGCGGACCGCGAUCCACCCGCUGCUUUCAAACACUUUAGAACUUGAGGCAGAUAUUUUACUGCGAUGAAGAUAAUUACGACAAUGGCAUCCACCAAGGCUCCCACGUGUCCUGUAGCAAAAAAAAUGGAUUUUUGCCUCACCCACCUCGUGUAAGUUGAGAGAGCAAUCCCGCCAUCCAAGAUGCGAAAACUACCGACUGUCUUACUGUUCCUCUUUUUUCACACGGUCACAUGCAGGCGUUUGCAGAUUCCCGAGUUGGAGUUUGUGGAGUGGGGGGAAAGUGCUAACAAGGACGCUGCACAUCCCCGAGGGGACAGCCCACGCAUCCCCAAGCCCCUGCGCAUCUUCUCCCAGGGCGCCCGUCGGCUCAAGGGCGGCGUGAGGGAGAUGACAUAUUUGGAAAACAUGGAGGACUCGUGGGACUGGUUAUCUAACCACACAGAUGUGCUGCAGACGCAGAGCAGGACUAAACGUAGACCGAUUGUGAAGACGGGCAAGUUCAAAAAAAUGUUUGGCUGGGGCGACUUCAACUCCAACAUUAAGACCGUGAAACUGAACCUCCUUAUUACGGGCAAGAUCGUGGACCACGGAAAUGGAACAUUCAGUGUUUACUUCCGCCACAACUCCACAGGUCUGGGGAACGUCUCUGUGAGCCUGGUGCCGCCGUCCAAGGUGGUGGAGUUCGAGAUCACCCAGCAGAGCACGCUGGAGACCAAGGACACUAAAGCCUUCAACUGUCGCAUCGAGUACGAGAAAACAGACCGAAACAAGAAGACGGCGGUGUGCAGCUUUGACCCCACAAAGACGUGUUACCAGGAACAUACACAGAGCCACGUGUCAUGGCUGUGCUCGAAACCCUUCAAAGUCAUCUGCAUCUACAUCGCGUUCUACAGCGUCGACUACAAACUGGUGCAGAAAAUCUGCCCAGAUUACAACUACCACAGUGACACGCCCUACUCGUCCACAGGGUGAUCUUGCAUGCAGGUGAAAUCUCUCUGUGGGCGAAUUGGGCCUGAACCCGACCUGAUCCCGGCCCAAACCGCUGUAGCUCCGCAGCACCAACCGCUACACCUACACCAUGUGCUCCGUAUGAACUGGGUGCAGUUAAAAAAGGGUCCAGAUGUUGUACGCCAGACUAGACCAUUGGCAUGUGCUUCUGACUUUGCUUUUCACGCCCACGUGAUCGUCCUAAAGGAGUGAAUCAAGUUCAUGUUUUGUUUGUAUCGAAAGCAACAAAAUGCCACACAAAAAAAGAACAUGAACAUGCCAAAUUUGUAGACUUCUGUCCAAACAGAGCUAGAGUCAUCUUAUCAAGGAUAACGUAUUCACAAACAAACUAAAAAGCUCACUGUGUUUGUUAUCCACUUACUGUAAAAAUCUAAUAAUCAAAAAAAGAAAAUAUGCCAAGAUGUAUGUUGUGAUCUGGAUGAAGGAUUUUACUUUGGUAGGCUUGCAUUCUCCAUCAUUAUCAAAAUGUGUGUGUGUGUGUGUUGCCCCAUGAGAGCACUAUUCAUCAGACAGGUGGGUUUAGUGAAUCUGGCAGCCAAUUAACAACACUUUGUCAUGGUCUUGCCACAGUGCUUCGCAUUUAGAGGUUCUAAUUAACAUUAAUUACAGUGGGAAAUUUCAGUUAUCCACCAUAAACGAAGGGAAUGAAGCCAAAAAGUGGAAUUUAGUCCGUCAUUCCCACUUACUCUCCAUGUUCGUGGCAGAGUCUUUGACAAAAAAUAUAACUGGAUAGAUGUAUUUUGAAAUUAUAGGCCGCAUUUGUCAUCCAGUUUAACCCCAUGUAUGCAAACAGCAAAUCAAAAAGGUAAAUCACUCAGAAGUCAGAUUAAAGUAUAUUUGGUUGAUCUGUGAUGUAGAUUUUUAUUAUUUAAAAUGGCAAUCUGGCUAAGUGUUCCAACAUCCAUAACAUAAUAUAAAUAAUAUACUAUUAUUAAUAUAAAUAAUAUGCUAUUAUUAAUAUGUCAAACAACUUGAGUUCAUUGAGCUUCUGUGAGUUUCUUCUGUGAGUUUGUUUUAUAUGGGAUGGAGUUCGAUACAACACAAACCCCAAAAUAGUGGUUUAAACAGUUCUAUAGUGUUUUCUAGACCAUGAAGAGCUGGUUUGUAUGCCAUGCCAUUGAAAUCCUUGACGGUAUGAAUUCUAUAUAGUGAUAAUAUAUUUAGUGUAUCUUGUACCCAGCAUUCAACAUGCCCUGAUUUAUCCUGUCAUUCUGUUAAACAGUGUGGUUCUACCAGUGCUGUAAUGCUUAAUAAAAUGGUUAUUAUCUGAUUUAAAAGGCUGAGUAGUAGAAUACUCAAGUUUUAUGUGUGAAUGCCAAAUAUAUUUAGCUCACCCCAAGGACAUAUCUGGACCCAGCUGGAUUUGGUUGGUCAUAUUGAAAAAAAUUUAAGUGAAGAGUGAGAUUUAGCACCCCUCCCUCCCCCCUGCUGUUCUUGUGUAACGUUUCAACCCAAACAUGUUCUAAUGAGACUACUAAUGUUUAGUUUCUAAUGUGCAUUUAGUGAUUAUGUCUGCCAAAAUGUACCUUUUCUCAUACUGUAGCUAUACAAACAUUUAUGUACUUUUGGUGUUGAUUGUAAUAUUAGAUGUAUAUAUGUAUGUUCAGGUCUACUGCAGUAUUAUUUUUUUUCUAAGCUGAGUUUUUUCUUCUGUCCUCCUGGGUUUCUCUGUAAAAUAUUCUAUAAGAAAGGGUGUGAAUCAGUCUUGUCAUUAUUUAAUUCGACUUCUUGUAGCAAAUACUUAACGCAUUACUAAAUCAAAUUUGUUCAUUUGUGGUCAAUAUACAUACGUCAACAUUUAAUACAAUUAUUUAACUACUGGUUCUAAGUGAAAGGGUGUCUAUUACACGUGGGUGACGUUAGAGUAAUGCUAUUACAUAUCAGUACACGGUGAUGUUCACGUCAACUAUCAGGACCGACUCGCAUGAUCACAGCGUGACCCCAUGCUUUCACAAAUGCACCCCCCUUUAUUUAAUU